AAAAGAAAAACAGAACUUUGAGGUGUUUUAUAGAGGUCACUCUCACGCGGAAACACACAAUGACACCAACAAACAGGUUGAUAGAUUGAUCUUCGUCUUCUUCUUCUUCAAAGAUUUUUCAGUCACAAAUAUCCUCUUCUCAUCUGCUUCUCUCAUCGUUUCUUGAACAAACUGACCUUCUUUCUUUUUUAUUUUUAUCCUAAAAUUGAAAGAAAUCCUGUCUUAUUAGUUUUCUUCUUCUUUUGAUAGUUUUCCAUGAACAUUAACAACUUAACUUGGAGCUCAUGUGCUUUGUCUUGUUAAUUAUGGCUUGAAACUCCAUCUGGUUUUGUCUCAUCACCUCUACUCUCAUCAAAUUGCAUGCUUUUUGUUUCUCUCAUCUUUUUCCACCUGACAACUUCAUCAGCUCGUAAAUUCCCACAAACCAUUUAUCGUAUUCAUACAUAGAAAUCAUAAAAAACUCACUCUCCUUGCAAAACUUGAAGACUACUCGGCCUCUCAUCAAAUCAAAGACCUUAAAUUUCAAGUCUUUUUCGUUGCCAAAUAAAGCCAGAUAAUCUCUCCAAAUCCCACAUAAUUAUCCUCGGAAAAAUCAGCUUCUCUUGUUCAUGUUUCAUGUUAGAAACUAGCUAGGGAGACCAAAUCCACCUCCAAUUCACAAAUCCUCAGAAACCCGUCUCUCUUUAUCAUUCAAUACAGUCUCAGAAACAGAGAACAUCAAGAUAUGCAAGAUCCAUCAACAGCAUUCCAGACAAUAAAGCCUCAGUUUCCAGAGCAAGAGCAACUCAAGUGCCCCCGCUGUGAUUCCAACAACACCAAGUUCUGCUACUACAACAACUACAACCUCUCUCAGCCCCGUCAUUUCUGCAAGAACUGCAAGAGAUACUGGACCAAAGGUGGCGCUUUGAGAAACAUCCCCGUCGGUGGUGGCAGCCGCAAGAACACUAAACGUUCCUCAAACACCAAACGCGCCAAUCCCGACCCCAAUCCCGACCCCGUUAAGCCAACCCGCCGGGUUGCGGACUCCUCCUCCUCCUCAGCGACCUCGUCAACAUCGGGACAGCAGCUGGCGGGUAAUGGGAAUCAGGAUCCGACCCGCGUAUAUGGGGUGGAAGCGGAUCCGGACAGGAAGAUAUUGGAUAUGGGAGGGAGCUUCAGCUCGUUGUUGGCAUCAAGCGGGCAGUUUGGGAGUAUUUUUGAAGGGCUGGAUUCAGGCGGGUCGGGCUUGAAAAUGGUGCGGAUGGGUGGGUUUGGGGAGGAUUUGAAUGCGGGUCCAAGUAGAGACCCGGGUUUGGAUUUGCAAGGGAGGAGUAACAAUAACACUACUAAUGAUGGUGGUGGCGAGAGUUACUUGCAAGGUGGGGAGUGGGGAAAUAGUAAUAAUGGGUGGCCUGGUCUUGCUAUUUACACUCCAGGUUCUAGCUUCCAAUAGUGCUUUUUUCUUUUUAUUUUUUUUUCUUACUUUUUUUUUUUUUUUUUUUUAUGAUGGUGUGUUUAUUGUGAUACGUUGGGAUAUUUAUGAUGGCAAGUAAAAGUGGUGAAGAGGGGACAGUGAAUUUGUUGUUAGCACUUAAAUCCUAGCGCACCUCGGCCCGUAGCCAUAAUAUCACUCUUUUAAUUUGGUGUUAUUUUCUGUGGGUUUUUCUUUUUUAUUUACAAGGAGAAAAAAAAAACAAGGGUAAAAAAGACUUUUUUCUUUUA